GGGUUGCCGAUACCCGGGUGGGCGACGGUGCCGGGUGGGUGGCGGGGAGCGAUGGCGCCUGCACCGCCGCCCCGGCGUGAGUCAGCCGGGGGCUCUGACGCAGUCCCACCGCCGCCGUCACCAUGGAGGCCGCCGAGUGCUCCUGCUCCGGCUACCGCCAGCAGCCGAAACCGUUCCGGCGGGGAUGCGCGGGCCGCCGGUUCCCGGCAGGCCCCGCUGCACCGAGCGGCAUCCCCGGGCGGGCACCCCUGCGUUGCCCCCCGGUACACCCACGCACCCCCGUGCCCCCCGCACAGGCGGCCGUGACGCGGCGGCGGCCCCGCGGGGAGGAGCCUCUCUCCCUCCGCUCCCCGCCAUCGCCAAACUUUCCGCUCGCUUGCCGGCCGCCGGCGUUGCCUCCUUGGCGCAUGGCACCGGCACCCCGGGGCUGAGCCCUGCCAGCACCCCACCGGGUGGGUGACGCCACCGCCGCUGCCAGCGGGAGCCGGGGAUCCGUUACCGUCGCCGCCGUUACCCGUCGCCGACUCCCCCCCGGGGCCGGCGGCUUUCGGCACGGGCGCGCGAGGACGGGGCAGAGCGGAGAGCGGCGGCGGCGGGGGGAAGCGGAGCCGGCGCCCAUGUGCCGGAGGUCCCGGCGGGGCGACGAAGCGGCGACGACGGCCGGCGAGGCGACCCUCCGGCCCUGGAAACCGGACCCCGGGCAGGCGGAGGGGGGUCGGCCGCCCCCCGGGCCGUCGCUGCCCCUGACCCUCACCGUCCUGGCCUGGCUGGGCGCCGGCACCACCAUGGCCGGCCUCAACAAAUGGAUCUUCGCCACCCACGGUUUCCGCUACCCGCUGCUGCUGUCGUCCCUCCACAUGCUGUCGGGGGUGGCCGUGGGGUACCCGCUGGGCUGGGCGCGGGGACCGCCGCCGUCGCCGCCGGCCCCCCGGCCCCGCGCCAGGAUCUACCUGCUCAGCCUCACCUUCUGCACCAGCGUGGCGUUGGGCAACCUGGGCUUGAGCUACGUGCAGCUGGACGUGGCGCAGGCGGUGGCCACCACCACCCCGCUGGUCACCCUCCUGCUGUCGGGGCUGCUGGGGGGCCGGCGGCACCACCCGCUGCAGUACGCCGCCAUGGGACCCGUCUGCGCCGGGGCCGCCUGCAGCAUCGCCGGCGGGCUCCGCAUCUACCAGCCCGGCUGCGGCUUCCUCCUGGCCGCCACCGUCCUCCGCGCCCUCAAGUCCGUACAGCAGAGUCUGCUGCUGCAGGAGGACCACCUGGACGCCCUCUCCCUGCUCUGCCUGACCUCCCUGCCCAGUUUCUGCCUGCUCUUCGGGGCGGCCGUGGCACUGGAAGUGGGUCCCUCCUGGGAGGGCGUCCUGCGUUACGACGGCACCCUCUGGGCCUGCGUCCUGCUCAGCUGCCUGGGCUCCGUCCUUUACAACCUGGCCACUUUCUGCGUCCUCUCCCUCACCUCCGCCCUCACCGUCCACGUCCUGGGCAACGUCACCGCGGUGGGCAACCUGCUCCUCUCCCGACUCCUCUUUGGCAGCCACCUGAGCGGGCUCAGCUACCUGGGCAUCGGGCUGAUGCUGGCCGGGAUGUUCAUGUACCACCAACCGGACCUCAUCGCGGCACGGUGGGCGGCGUGGCCCGGACGGGGCACCCCCAGGAGGGAGUAGGGUCCCCGCCGGGGACGGGGGAAGCCGGGGAUGCUGCAAGCGCGGGGGCGAGCGGGGCUCUGCGGGUGCACGG